CUUCUCUUCCAGCCUGAUGUUCUGGACCAACUGGAAUGAGCAGCACCCCAGCAUCAUGCGUGCCACCCUGUCUGGUGCCAAUGUCCUCAUCAUCAUCGACCAGGACAUCCGCACACCCAACGGGUUGGCCAUCGACCACAAGGCUGAGAAGAUCUAUUUCUCUGAUGCCACGCUGGACAAGAUUGAGCGCUGUGAAUAUGAUGGGACCCAUCGCCAUGUGAUCCUGAAAUCAGAGCCUGUCCACCCCUUUGGCCUGGCUGUUUAUGGUGAUUACAUCUUCUGGACGGAUUGGGUGCGCCGUGCCGUGCAGAGAGCCAACAAAUAUGUGGGCACCGACAUGAAGCUGCUGCGCGUUGACAUCCCCCAGCAGCCCAUGGGCAUCAUUGCUGUGGCCAACGACACUGACAGCUGUGAGCUGUCCCUGUGCAGGGUGAACAACGGCGGCUGCCAGGACCUGUGCCUGCUCACCCCCAAAGGACAUGUCAACUGCUCGUGCCGUGGCGAGCGUGUGCUGCAGGAGGAUUUAACUUGCAAAGCUCUGAACUCCACCUGCAACGUGCACGAUGAGUUCGAGUGUGGCAACGGCGACUGCAUCGACUUCAGCCGGACAUGCGACGGCGUGGUGCACUGCAAGGACAAGUCGGAUGAGAAGCAGUCCUACUGCAGCAGCCGCAAAUGCAAGAAGGGUUUCCUGCACUGCAUGAACGGGCGCUGCAUUGCCAGCCGCUUCUGGUGCAAUGGCGUGGACGACUGCGGGGACAACUCGGACGAAGUGCCGUGCAACAAAACCAGCUGCGCUGCCACUGAGUUCCGCUGCCGCGAUGGGAGCUGCAUUGGGAACUCAAGCCGUUGCAAUCAGUUCAUCGACUGCGAGGAUGCUUCAGAUGAAAUGAACUGCACUGCCACUGACUGCAGCAGUUACUUCAAGCUGGGAGUGAAGGGCACCACGUUCCAGAAGUGCGAGCACACGUCCCUGUGCUACGCGCCCAGCUGGGUGUGCGACGGGGCCAAUGACUGCGGAGAUUACUCAGACGAGCGCAACUGCCCCGGUGGGAGGAAGCCCAAAUGCCCGGCCAACUACUUUGCCUGCCCCAGCGGGCGCUGCAUCCCCAUGACGUGGACCUGCGACAAGGAGGACGACUGCGAGAAUGGAGAGGAUGAGACGCACUGCAGUGAGCGGCAGGACAAGUUCUGCUACCCCGUGCAGUUUGAAUGCAACAACCACCGCUGCAUCUCCAAGCUGUGGGUGUGCGACGGGGCUGACGACUGCGGGGAUGGCUCUGACGAGGACAGCCGCUGCCGGCUGACCACGUGCAGCACGGGGUCCUUCCAGUGCCCAGGUACCUACGUCUGUGUGCCAGAGCGCUGGCUCUGCGAUGGGGACAAGGACUGCGCCGAUGGGGCCGAUGAGACCCUCGCUGCUGGCUGCCUGUACAACAACACCUGCGAUGAGCGGGAGUUCAUGUGCGGGAACCGUCAGUGCAUCCCCAAACACUUUGUCUGUGACCACGAUGACGACUGCGGCGAUGGCUCCGACGAAUCCCCAGAAUGUGAGUACCCCACCUGUGGCCCCCAUGAAUUCCGCUGUGCCAACGGCCGUUGCCUCAGCAACAGUCAGUGGGAGUGUGAUGGAGAGUUUGAUUGCCACGACCACUCGGAUGAGGCACCCAAGAACCCGCGCUGCAGCAGCCCAGAGAGCAAAUGCAACGAUUCCUUCUUCAUGUGCAAGAACGGGAAGUGCAUCCCAGAAGCUCUGCUGUGCGACAGCAACAACGACUGCACUGAUGGCUCUGAUGAGCUGAACUGCUUCAUCAACGAGUGCCUCAACAAGAAGCUGAGCGGCUGCUCCCAGGAGUGCGAGGACCUCAAGAUCGGCUACAAGUGCAGAUGCCGUCCCGGGUUCAGGCUGAAGGACGAUGGGAAGACAUGUAUCGACAUCGAUGAGUGCUCCACCACCUACCCCUGCAGCCAGAAGUGCAUCAACACCCUGGGGAGCUACAAGUGCCUGUGCAUAGAGGGCUACAAGCUCAAACCCGACAACCCCACCAGCUGUAAGGCUGUCACAGACGAGGAGCCCUUCCUCAUCUUUGCCAACCGGUACUACCUGCGGAAGCUCAACUUGGACGGCUCCAACUACACUCUGCUCAAGCAGGGCCUGAACAAUGCCGUGGCUCUGGAUUUUGACUACCGGGAGCAAAUGAUCUAUUGGACAGAUGUCACCACGCAGGGCAGCAUGAUCCGCCGCAUGCACAUCAAUGGCAGCAACGUCCAGGUUCUGCACCGCACCGGGCUCAGCAACCCCGAUGGGCUGGCGGUGGACUGGGUGGGGGGCAACCUGUACUGGUGUGACAAAGGCAGGGACACCAUCGAAGUGUCGAAGCUGAACGGAGCCUACCGCACCGUGUUGGUGAACUCGGGGCUGCGUGAGCCGCGGGCGCUGGUGGUGGAUGUGCAGAACGGUUACCUGUACUGGACAGACUGGGGGGACCACUCACUGAUUGGGAAGAUUGGCAUGGAUGGCACUAACCGUAGCGUCAUCGUCGACACCAAGAUAACGUGGCCCAACGGCCUCACGCUCGACUACAUCAACAGUCGCAUCUAUUGGGCAGAUGCCCGGGAGGACUACAUUGAGUUUGCCAGCCUGGACGGCUCCAACAGGCACACAGUGCUGAGCCAGGAUAUCCCGCACAUCUUUGCACUCACCCUCUUUGAGGAUUACAUUUAUUGGACCGACUGGGAGACCAAAUCCAUCAACCGAGCCCACAAGACCACGGGUGCCAACAAGACGCUGUUGAUCAGCACUCUGCACCGCCCCAUGGACAUCCACAUCUACCACCCGUACCGGCAGCCUGAUGUUCCAAACCAUCCCUGUAAGACCAACAACGCCGGCUGCAGCAACCUCUGCCUCCUGUCUCCGGGUGGAGGGCACAAGUGUGCGUGUCCCACCAACUUCUACUUGGGCAGCGAUGGCAAGACCUGCGUCUCCAACUGCACAGCCAGCCAGUUUGUCUGCAAGAACGACAAAUGCAUCCCUUUCUGGUGGAAAUGCGACACAGAGGACGACUGCGGGGACCGUUCGGAUGAGCCCGAGGACUGCCCUGAGUUCAAGUGCAGACCAGGGCAGUUCCAGUGCUCCACCGGGAUCUGCACCAACCCGGCCUUCAUCUGUGAUGGAGACAACGACUGCCAGGACAACUCGGACGAAGCCAACUGUGAUAUCCACGUGUGCCUGCCCAGUCAGUUCAAGUGCACCAACACCAACCGCUGCAUCCCCGGGAUCUUCCGCUGCAACGGUCAGGACAACUGUGGGGAUGGAGAGGACGAGAAGGACUGCCCGGAGGUGACGUGUGCCCCCAACCAGUUCCAGUGCGCCAUCACCAAGCGCUGCAUCCCCCGCGUUUGGGUGUGCGACCGUGACAACGACUGCGUGGACGGCUCUGACGAACCUGCCAACUGCACACAAAUGACGUGUGGCGUGGAUGAGUUCCGCUGCAAGGACUCAGGAAGGUGCAUCCCAGCACGCUGGAAGUGCGAUGGGGAGGAUGACUGCGGGGAUGGAUCCGAUGAGCCCAAGGAGGAAUGCGACGAGCGCACCUGCGAGCCCUACCAGUUCCGCUGCAAGAACAACCGCUGCGUGCCGGGCCGCUGGCAGUGCGACUACGACAACGACUGCGGGGACAAUUCGGACGAAGAGAGCUGCACGCCCCGGCCCUGCUCUGAGAGCGAGUUCUCGUGUGCCAAUGGCCGCUGCAUCGCUGGCCGGUGGAAGUGCGAUGGAGACCACGACUGUGCUGAUGGCUCUGAUGAGAAAGACUGCAUACCCCGCUGCGAGUUUGACCAGUACCAGUGCAAGAACGGGCACUGCAUCCCCAUGCGCUGGCGCUGCGACGCUGAUGCCGACUGCAUGGAUGGCACUGACGAGGAGGACUGCGGCACCGGAGUGCGCACCUGCCCCCUGGACGAAUUCCAGUGCAACAACACGCUGUGCAAACCGCUGGCCUGGAAAUGUGAUGGGGAGGACGACUGCGGGGACAACUCAGAUGAAAACCCCGAGGAGUGCUUGAAAUUCCAGUGUCCCCCCAACAGACCGUUCCGCUGCAAGAACGACCGGGUAUGUCUGUGGAUCGGUCGGCAGUGCGAUGGCAUUGACAACUGUGGAGACAACACGGAUGAGAAGGACUGCGAGUCCCCCACGGCCAAGCCCAAGAGCUGCAGCCAGGACAAGAAUGAGUUCCUGUGUGAGAACAAGAAAUGCAUCAGCGCCAACCUCCGCUGCAACUUCUUCGACGACUGUGGGGACGGCUCUGAUGAGAAGUCCUGCUCUCACGAGCACAAGUCGUAUGACUGCAUGACCAACGCCACCAUGUGUGGAGAUGAGGCCCAGUGCAUCCAGGCACAGUCCUCCACAUACUGCACAUGCCGCAGAGGCUUCCAGAAGGUUCCAGACAAGAAUUCCUGUCAAGAUGUCAAUGAGUGCCUGCGCUUUGGGACCUGCUCCCAGCUCUGCAACAACACCAAGGGCUCCCACAUCUGCAGCUGCGCCAAGAACUUCAUGAAGACUGACAACAUGUGCAAGGCGGAAGGUUCGGAGCACCAGAUCCUCUAUAUUGCUGAUGACAACAAGAUCCGAAGCAUGUACACCUUCAACCCCAAUUCAGCCUACGAGCCGGCCUUCCAAGGUGAUGAGAACGUGCGCAUCGAUGCCAUGGACAUCUACGUCAAGGGCAACAAGAUCUACUGGACCAACUGGCACACGGGCAGGAUCUCGUACUGCGAGCUGCCUGCCUCCUCUGCUGCCUCCACAGCCUCCAACCGCAACCGGCGCCAGAUCGACGGCGGCGUCACCCAUCUGAACAUUUCCGGGCUGAAGAUGCCACGGGGCAUUGCUGUUGAUUGGGUUGCUGGGAACAUCUACUGGACGGACUCCGGGCGGGAUGUUAUCGAGGUGGCACAGAUGAAAGGCGAGAAUCGCAAGACGCUGAUCUCGGGCAUGAUUGAUGAGCCUCAUGCCAUUGUGGUUGAUCCGCUUAGGGGGACUAUGUACUGGUCAGACUGGGGCAAUCACCCCAAGAUCGAGACGGCCGCAAUGGAUGGGACGCUGCGCGAGACCCUGGUGCAGGACAACAUCCAAUGGCCAACAGGCCUGGCUGUGGACUACCACAAUGAGCGGCUGUACUGGGCUGACGCCAAGCUGUCCGUUAUCGGCAGCAUCCGGCUCAACGGCACCGACCCUGUGGUGGCCAUCGACAACAAAAAGGGGCUGAGCCAUCCUUUCAGCAUCGACAUCUUUGAGGAUUACAUCUAUGGGGUCACCUACAUCAAUAACCGCAUCUUCAAGAUCCACAAAUUCGGGCAUAAAUCCGUCACCAACCUGACGUCCGGCCUCAACCACGCCACCGAUGUGGUGCUCUACCACCAGUACAAGCAGCCGGAGGUGACCAACCCUUGUGACCGCAAGAAAUGUGAGUGGCUCUGCCUGCUGAGCCCCAGUGGCCCUGUCUGCACCUGCCCCAACGGCAAACGCCUGGACAACGGCACCUGCGUGCUCAUCCCCUCCCCCACCGCCUCUGCUGUGGUGCCCACCACCGACACGUGCGACCUGGUCUGCCUGAAUGGGGGCAGCUGCUUCCUGAACGCCCGCAAGCAGGCCAAGUGCCGCUGCCAGCCACGCUACAAUGGGGAGAGGUGCCAAAUCAACCAGUGCUCAGAUUACUGCCAAAACGGGGGUCUGUGCACCGCUUCCCCAUCCGGCAUGCCCACCUGCCGCUGCCCCACUGGCUUCACGGGGUCCCGGUGCGACCAGCAGGUGUGCACCAACUACUGCCACAACAACGGCAGCUGCACAGUGAACCAGGGCAACCAGCCCAACUGCCGCUGCCCACCCACCUUCAUCGGGGACCGCUGCCAGUACCAGCAAUGCUUCAACUACUGCGAGAACAACGGCGUGUGCCAGAUGACCAAGGACGGUGUCAAGCAGUGCCGCUGCCCACCGCAGUUUGAGGGCGCACAGUGCCAGGACAACAAGUGCUCACGGUGCCAGGAGGGCAGAUGCAACAUCAACAGGCAGAGCGGAGAGGUGUCCUGCAUCUGUCCUGAUGGCAAGAUAGCACCCAGCUGCCUGACCUGUGACAGCUACUGCCUGAACGGAGGCACCUGCUCCAUCAGCGACAAGACACAGCUGCCUGAGUGCCUGUAA